ACCAAUCAGAGGAAGAGUAGACGACCCGCGGCAAACACACACUUCAAUAUUAGCGUGAACAAUAACAGUGCGCGUGUAUUUUAGUAUUAGUACUGAAUUCGGUAUCUGUUUAUUUUAUUACUCAGAAUACCUUAUAACAAACCGACUUUUAUUCAGUUUCGGGUGAAACAUACGGGAUAUCUGCAGCGCUGAUACACACCGACAGCUAACGGCGGAAAACCGGUAGAAGCGUUAGCCGCUGAGCUAAACUAGCUAAUAACAGAUUUCAGCGGGAGUCUGUCUGUCAGCGGCGGUGAAUAUCAGUAGCGUUAGCUAACGUCAAACUAAGCUUAGCUAACUGUUCGAGUUAAGUUCUGCUUUACUGAAUAUCGGCAUGUUUUUAUAAAGCGGCAGAGCUAGCGUUACAGUUAGCUAACAGUAAUGUGAUAUUUGAGCGGUGUGUGUGUUCUGAUGUUUCUCUCCUGUCCGCGCUAUGUUUUCUCUCCCUCAAAACAAUUUAAAAGAGCAGCUGGAGCGGCACAGUAAAGUCAGCUCCGCCCAGAACAAGCUUUCUCUGGCCAAACCUAAACCCGGGGCAUUUUGCUUCAGAAAGACAUCUACAUCAACGACUAGCAAAGCUGCAGUCCCUGAGAAGGUAAUUGGUUCUAAUGUCUUUGUAAACCGGAGUGGCAAUGUUCCUCGCAGCUGUGAAGUAACUAAACCUCCUCUGACAUUUCCAAAGAAGCCUGAAAGAGCCCCUCCAAAAUUCAACUUCUUCAGUGCACCCAGCAAACCCAAGACACAGUCCAUCAACCCAUCAUCCAACCCAUUUGCAGUGACUAAACCUACUCUGAUCCAGUCUGUCAUCAAGACUUCAGCCAAAUCAGAAACCAUCCCCCCUGAUACUCAUGAAGAUAAAAGUGCAGAAUCACUGGUGGGUAAUGACUCUUUUGCCAUUCCUGUGGAUGACUGGGAUGACCUUGAUGAUUUUGAAACGCCUUCUAAAGUAAGAGCAUCACAAAGCCCCCAGAUUCCAGUGAAAAAAACAUCUGGAUUAGAUAAAAACGUAUCGCCUAAAGCUGCUAGUGCUAAAAGUGCUGACACAACAGAGAAUGGAAGUUUGCCUGUUGGACCAUCAUUUGGUGCUUGUGGAGAAGCUUUGGAAAUUCCAACAGACACCUCUGGUGCUGAUCGACAUGAUGCCAUCUCUGCUGGGGAGCCAGAUGAUUCUCCCAUCAAACUAACCAAGCGUCUAUCUGCGGUUAAGCAAAAGCCACUGCUCAUUGACAGUGAGGACGAGAGCAUCACUGACAAUAUUAAACCUCAUAAUAAAGCUGAUGAGAACUUCAAGUAUUCAGAAGAAAAUGAACAAAAAUGCAAGAGUCCAAAAAUCAUAGACAUAGAUGACAGUCAGGAAGAGGAUAUACUUGAGGAUGACUUUGAUUUUAUUCCACCGUCACCCAUUCCAGAAGACCAGAGUCCAUCUGUUCCAACUUUGGAGAAAAGAAAACCUGACCUUAUAAAAAAUGAGGUGGCAAGUGUUGCUUCUUCGAGAUGUUCUGUCUCAAGCCUUUCAGGGCAAAAUGUUCCUGCUAAAGAUUUAAAAGGGCCUGAUGAUGCUCUCUUCAGUAUCAUGGAGUCUAUCUGUUGUCUAGUGGACAAAAUCCCAGAGCAUGAGCUCAUAGCCCUGACUUGUGGCACAGAGCUGCUUUUACAAAGAGCUCACAGGAAAAGGAUUCUUGCUGAGAUUGCAUCAUCAGGAAAGUCAGUGUCAGUCAGCGGAGCCGCUUGUGAUUUCAGAUUGCUGCACAGAGGAAGUUUUGGUGUUCCUACCCCUCUGAUCUCAGGCAAAGGAGACAGUGCACUAAAAGGCUUUCAGUAUAGAAAGUCCUUUGCAUCUACAAUGUCUGUAGAUUACAACAACAGUGUGUUUGAAGACUCUGAUUGCAUUAUUAAUGGUGUGGAGACACCAGGUGGCUCUUGGAACCCCAACCCUUCCCUCAAAUCAGCUGCAAAAGGAGACCAGGAAAACACAUGUCUGAAAAAAAAUAAUGUCCACAUUGAGUCAUCAAGUUUGCUUUUAAAACAGACAGAUGAUCAGACUGAAGAUCUACUACAGACCAACCUAUUCUUCUCUCCCAAGAAGCGAGUGGGGACCAUAAAAAAUAAUAAGGAAGAUAAAGUUGAGAACAACACUGCAGGGUCUGUGUAUGUUGAUUCAGAAAUGGACACUGUGCCAGAUGACUUCUACGAUGAUGACUUUGACAUUGACGACUUCAAUGAGAGCGAUAUUCCAAAAUACAAUGAAGAACCUGUGGAUUCAUUAGCUACAAAGAAAAGUUCAAGUGCAACCCCAAAGCCAAUUUAUGAAGGAGGACCCUCUAAGUCCUGUGAGAAAAGGACUGUCACCACACCCACGGCUGUUGUAAAACCUACUAAGCCAGCCUCCCCUGAGGUUACAUAUAGAAAUCCAGCACAUGACCGCUUUAGGGGCUUCAGCUUUCCUCACUCUUCAGAGAUGAUGAAGAUCUUCCACAAGAGAUUUGGUCUUCAUCAGUUCCGUUUCAAUCAGCUUGAAGCCAUCAAUGCUACGUUGCUGGGAGAGGACACGUUUGUUUUAAUGCCUACAGGAGGGGGCAAAAGCCUCUGCUACCAGCUUCCUGCCUGUGUGUCUGCUGGAGUGACUGUGGUGAUAUCCCCUCUACGUUCUCUGAUUGUGGACCAGGUCCAGAAACUUACCACAUUGGAUAUCCCUGCGACUAGCUUAUCUGGGGAUAAAAGUGAGAGUGAAGCUGGACGAAUCUACAUGCAGCUCUCUAAGAAAGAUCCUGUCAUCAAACUGCUUUAUGCCACUCCCGAAAAGGUAUCUGCAAGUGGGAGGAUGAUAAGUGCCCUGCAAAACCUGUAUGAGAGAAAUCUGCUUGCUCGUUUUGUCAUUGAUGAAGCCCACUGCGUCAGCCAGUGGGGACAUGACUUCAGGCCAGACUAUAAGCGGUUACAUGAGUUACGGCAAAAGUUUCCCAAUGUUCCUAUAAUGGCACUGACAGCGACUGCCACACCUCGGGUGCAGAAGGAUAUCCUCAAUCAGAUGGCCAUGAAUCGGCCUCAAGUAUUCACAAUGAGCUUCAACAGACACAACCUUAAAUAUUCUGUUCUGCCUAAAAAACCCAAGAAGGUAGAUGAGGAGUGCAUUAACUGGAUCAAGAAAUAUUAUCCACGUGACUCUGGGAUUAUCUACUGCUUGUCAAGGAAUGACUGUGAUACCAUGGCUGAUAGUCUUCAGAGAGCUGGAAUUGCAGCACUGGCUUACCACGCAGGGCUAAAUGACAAAGACAGAGAAUAUGUUCAAAACAAAUGGAUCAACCAGGAUAGAUGCCAAGUCAUGUGUGCCACAAUUGCUUUUGGCAUGGGCAUUGACAAGCCUGAUGUGCGCUAUGUGAUCCAUGCCAGUCUGCCCAAGUCAGUGGAGGGCUACUACCAGGAAUCGGGGAGAGCAGGCCGAGACGGAGAGAUUUCCCACUGUGUUCUCUUUUAUUCUUACAGUGAUGUUAUUCGCAUCAAAAGAAUUCUUGCCAUGGAUAAGGAUGGCAAUCAUCAUUCUAGAGCCACCCACACGAACAACCUUCACAGCAUGGUGCAUUUCUGUGAGAAUGUGUCAGAGUGUCGAAGGAUCCAGCUGCUUGCUUACUUUGGCGAGAACAAAUUCAAUGCUGACUUCUGUAAAGAGCAUCCCGAAGUCAUUUGUGACAACUGUGCCAGACCACACCAAUACAAAGCCAGAAAUGUGACUGAGGAUGUGAAGAAGAUUGUGAGGUUUGUACAAGAAAACUGUCAGAAAGUUGGUGGCAGAUACAGCAAAUCUUCACAGCAAAACAGACUCACUCUGAACAUGUUGGUGGACAUUUUCAUAGGUGCUAAAAGUGCCCGGAUCCAGACGGGCAUGUUCGGGCACGGAGCAGCCUACUCCAGACACAACGCAGACAGGCUCUUUAAGAAGCUUGUGCUGGACAAUGUUCUGAUGGAGGACUUGUACAUUACCAAUAAUGGCCAGGCUGUGGCCUACAUCUCUGCUGGCCAAAAAGCCAUGAAUGUUCUAAAUGGCAGCAUGCAGGUGGUAUUUCAUGAGACUGAAAGUGCAUCCAGCAUCAGGAAACACAAAGCCUCUGUGAUCAAGAAUGUUUCUAAGAGGGAGGAAAUGGUCACAAAGUGCCUGGAAGAGCUCAAUGAGUUGUGUAAGAAGUUGGGCAAAGUUUUUGGUCUUCACUACUACAACAUCUUCUCCACAAGCACCUUGAAAACGAUUGCUGAGACUCUAUCUGCUGACCCUGAGGUGCUGCUACAGAUUGAUGGCGUGACUGAGGACAAGCUGGACAAAUACGGAGCUGAGCUUAUCGAACUGCUGCAGAAAUACACUGAAUGGCAGCUGCCUGUUGAGGAGCAGGUUGAAAGCUCAGGGUGGAUCGACACUGCACGAGACCACCUAGAGGAUGAUGUGUAUGAUGAUGAAGAGGACAGCUCGUCAUCUUAUUUCAGGAGCAGCACAGGUCGAGGAGAGAAGAGGAAGAAAACGCCCUAUUCAAGGAAACCCAAAAGACGGAAGAGUUACAACAACCAAAACACCUAUAAAAGUGGGAACAGUGGGGGCUGGUCUUCAUCUAAAGGUGGAUAUAAAGCUGCUGGUCGAGGUGCAGGUCGAGGAGCGGGUCGAGGCUCCGCCAGGCCUGCUGCUGCAGCUCCAGCAGCAAGAAGACCAGGCGUCAUGGCUCUGCCUACACCCCAGACUGCUGCACGGCCAUUCCUUAAACCUGCCUUCUCUCAUCUCGGCUAAUUACACAUUCAGUGGUGGGUUUCUCGCACCUACAUGUGUUCUUUCCUUACUAAAUUUGUUCAUGUGUUUGUACAUUUGAUUUGUUGUUUUUGUUAACGUUUGUUUGUACAUGUUUUGUAUCUGAACCUAAUAUUGUGUAUUGUAUAGUUUAAGGUAGCAGUUUGCUGUUAUAUUUUAUCUCACAUUUUUCUACUUUUCUAAGUUUUAAAUUGCCAUUAAACUGAUUUAUAUAAAAACUGGUUUAUCUGGUGUUACAAGUUACAGCAGUUGUAAGAGUAUAGUGGUUAAUACAGUCCUCAAAUGGUAGUUUUAUUGCAUCUGUUUUCAUUCUUUGAAAUUGAAACUAUACAUUUCUAUAAAGUUUUCUAAAAUGUUCCUGCUGGCCGUAAAAUCUUUGUGUAUGUACAGUGAUAUAAUCUGAAUAUAUUACGGAAAUAAAGUUGUAAUAUUUUGA